UCUCCUUGAACUUUGAGGUUAUGUUUGUUUAUUUUCCGGGACAUUUUAUAACAAUUAGAUAGUUGUCUCUCUCACUCAAACUGUGUUCUACGUGCAGAAUAGAGAUAGAAGAUUCCAAAGAAACGUCAAACUCCACGUGAGGGGCUGUUGUUUUGAUUCUCUACACACCGCGAAAAGAAAAUCCUUUUUCCGCGUGAUUUUCCCAUCCGGAAGUGCCAAAAAUGGAGGAAGAAGAUCAAGAGAGUACCAUUAAUUUUAUUUCCUGCGUCUGCUUCGUUCCACAGGGUGUGGCAAAGGAAAAUCCAACAAAGGCCACACUGACGCAGGAAGAACUAGCAGAAGUUAUUAGGGAGAUGAAGCAGGAGAAGGGGACAGCAGAUGAGGAGGAAGGAAGUGACGAUGACGAGGAGAAAAUGGAUGUAGAAGGAGGAAAUUCAGCCGGUGGGAAUGAUGAGUAUGAUUUUGAUAACUACGACGAAGAUGAGGGAACAGCUGGGCUAGGGAUUGAUGGAGUAGUUGUGGCAGAUCCUGGAGAAAAUGUCGAGGAUGAUGAGAAUGACUCCGAAGCUGAAGAUGAUUUGAUAAAAAGGAGUGAUAAUCUCAUCCUCGUUGGCCAUGUGGAGGAUGUUUGUGUGAAUAUGGAGGUGUACGUGUGGAAUAGGGAGGAGGGGAGUCUCUACGUGCACCAUGACUUCCUCCUGCCGAGCUAUCCGCUUUGCAUUGAAUGGCUCAAUCAUGAUCCAUCGGCCAGGGAAGCGGGGAAUCUCUGUGCUAUCGGGACAAUGGAUCCAAUCAUCACAGUGUGGGAUCUGGACAUUAGGGAUUCCCUGGAGCCGGUCUACAAGCUCGGCAGCAAGGGGAGUAAGAAGAAGAAGAUCCCCAAAUGUGGCCACAGAGAUGCUGUGUUGGAUCUCGCGUGGAAUUCUGCUUUUCCGCACGUCCUGGCCAGUGGAUCUGUUGAUCAGACUUGCAUCUUGUGGGACCUGGACACGGGAACACCCAAUACAACCAUUGAAGCCUUCGAGGAGAAGGUUCAGGCUGUGAAAUUCCAUCCAACGGAACCCCAUCAAAUCCUCACCGGAUGCUGUGAUGGCUUCGUCAGACUCUUUGACUGCAGAGACCCCUCAAGCAUUGCUGAAUCCUGCAAGAGGUGGCAGCUCCCAGGGGAAGUGGAGAAGGUUGUGUGGAAUUCCCAAGAUCCCAUCUACUUUGCAGCUUCGACAAAUGGCGGAGAAAUUGCCUUCUUUGAUGCUCGCCAGGAGCUUCCGUUGUGGAAGAAAUCCGCCCACACUGAGGAAGUUUCCGGACUAAUCCUUUCCCCAUCAAUUCCCGGCAUGAUGAUCUCCACAUCUCCCGAUGAAAGCAUGAAAAUCUGGGAUUAUAACCUCUCAGGUGCAAGAUUAAUCCACGAAGACGCAAUGGGAAUUGGGAGGAUUCAUUCCCUCAGCUUCUCUCCGGAAAAUCCCAACAUUGUUGCCAUUGGUGGGGACAACAAGAAGCGACAAUUCCGUGUUGUUGAUGUCCUGGACUAUGACCACGUUAAAAGAGCGUUUGAGGACAGAAGCUGAAGGAAGAAAGAACUUCCAGAAGAAAAGAAUUUUAUUUAAAAGAAAUAAAAAUAAAAUAUUGAAAUUUUCAAAGUU